AUGUCUCUCACCCCAUUCACUCACCGUGGAAGCCUCUGGCCAAUGAUGCGCAACUACUUCAACGAUGAAGAUUUCAUGAUGGCACCCUUCUGGUCCAACCGCCACAUCUCGAACAACUUCGACAUGGCGGCCGAUAUCGGCAAGAUCGAGAAUAACGACCAGAAGUUUGCUGUCAAACUCGACGUCUCUCAGUUCGCCCCAGAAGAGCUCAAGGUUAACCUCGAGGGCAACUUGCUUACUGUCAGCGGAGAACAUGAAGUCAAGUCGGAGCAUGGAUUCACCAAGCGCUCGUUCACUCGUCAGUUCACUCUCCCAAAGGAUGCCGAUUUGAAUGCCAUUCACACCGCCAUCACCAAGGAGGGACAAUUGGCUAUUGAUGUGCCAAAGACCGGGGCUAGCACUACGUCUCGUGCCAUUCCAAUUCACACCCCAUGCGGAAAAGCCAUCACCCCAAAGACCACCGCCAACAACAAACACUAA